AUGUCUAACGCGCCUGAGAGAUUCGAGUUAUUUAUCCUUGGAGAUGGCGAGAAGAAGUGUACUGAGGAGGCCGAUACCCGUACUCCCAACUCUUCAAUCUUUACCUUUAACAAGGAAGAUCAUACCCUUGCCAAUAUGCUACGUGCUCAUUUAUUGAAAGAUCCGCACGUUAUAUUCUCCGGUUACAAAAUCCCCCAUCCCCUCUUUUCCAAAUUCGAGCUUCGCAUUCAAACCGAUGGUGAAAUCACUCCCAAGGAAGCUCUUGUCGCCUGUUGCCGUAAUUUGGUAUCUGAACUUGAGGUGUUCAGCCGCGAGUUUACUAAGGAGUUUGAGCUACGCAAGAUGGUCAGUGGAGAUGUAGCUGCCGACAAAUGA